AUGGAUCUCGCGAAACUCAUCAACCCGGAACCGGAUCCCCUCCUUCCUUGCAAGUCAAGAGUAUCAUACCGCCCUUCUCCCGCCGGCUCAUACUCCCCUUCGGCCGCAGUAUCAUACCCGCAUGUGCCACAGCCUCCUCUUUCUCACCCUGUGGAGCUUCCGUCUAUUCGCUCGCUUCUAGAAGGUGCAAAUAGUGCAUCGGUGCUCGCAGAAGAGUGCCAAAGCCCUAUCCAACCAGUCCAUAGGAAGGUAGGGAUCCCAACUCAAUCCAAGAUCCGGGAGGGGGUCAUGCCAACCAGAUAUCAGGCCAAUAUGCUGCCGACGCAACCACUGCGUCCUGGUUCGGCAUUCCGUAGCAAAGGUCACUCUUCCUCAACUUCCCCGACCUUCACCGUUACCAACAGCAUUGCGGUCAACGUUAAACUAUAUGCACGGCCACAAACGAUGUUUCCUAUUCUUAGGGGUAGGUUUGUCUGUCAGGCCUUCUUCCAACGUGUACCCAGUUCUCCUUACCUGCCCCUUGCCCCAAGUGUCUCCUCAUAUUCCUUUCCUGCCGACCCACCAAGCACUUUCGCUAUGUAUUGUGAAACGUCCGACACCCCCUACCAGAACACGGGAAAUAUGCCCGCGCAUGCGGCUCCCCGGUCGCCGCCUUCCUCCACUCCGAAAUUGAUCACCACCCCCAUUACCAUCUCCCGGCAGCAUCACCAUUCCUUCCCCCCUUCCAGCGCAACACCGUUCCAACAGAACCAUGAUUGCAACGUUUGUGACAAGUGUCACAAGGCCUUUUCUCGCCCUUCAAGCCUCCGCAUCCAUUCCCGCAGCCACACGGGCGAGAAGCCAUUCCGCUGCAGUCAGAUAGGAUGCCGCAAAGCAUUUAGUGUGAGAAGUAACUUGAAGCGUCAUGAACGAUGUUGCCACACUGGCCGAGCGGUUGCCACAGUUAUGGUAUAA